GAUAGUCUGGAACUGUCGCAGAAAUAUUACGAACACAGCAUGUGACGUCAUUAACAGCAGACGAACUAGCACAAGAGGCGAAAUGCUUUUCUACUCGUUCUUCAAGUCGCUGGUGGGAAAGGAUGUGGUGGUGGAGCUCAAAAACGACCUGAGCAUCUGUGGGACACUUCAUUCUGUUGAUCAGUACCUGAACAUCAAGCUCACAGACAUCAGUGUUACAGAUCCAGAGAAAUAUCCACACAUGUUGUCUGUGAAAAACUGUUUCAUCCGUGGAUCUGUGGUCCGGUACGUUCAGCUGCCUGCAGAUGAAGUGGACACUCAGCUGCUGCAAGAUGCUGCACGAAAAGAAGCAAUGCAGCAGAAGCAGUGAUUCGGCUGUGGGUUGGGGUUUUGUAUCAGGUGCUGGAUGGGUGUUGUGUCCGGGGGGAUGGAAAAUAAGUUGCUUUAGUUCUGAGUUAAGUUCAGUACGAACGUGUUUCAAGUGUUGCCCAUCAGUGCAUACUUUCCAAGAGUUAGCUGCAUUCCUGAUAUUAGUGAACAAUAAUUUGUAACACAGUACAUCUUACCUCAUAGGCUGUAUAGUCUUCAUUUCAGACUGCUUCAUUUUGUUUGGGAAACAAAAAUAAUGGCAGAAGUAAAUGCAUUUUGAUUCGGCAGAGCCAAAAAGAGGUAAAGAUCACAAUGUUUAUGUUGCAUCGAAGCAGGCGCUGUCGCUUGUCUUGUCAAAAGAUGACUCUUUUUUUUUUUUUUUUUGGCUUCUUUUUUAACACCACUUGGAAAUAAAAGUAUUUAUAUUUUGAUGGAGGUAUUUCAAGUCAAGCUUUUUGCAUUUUUCUGUCACUUGAGUUUUAUCUGUUUAAAAAGUCUGGAAGAAACUGAGUAAACCAUCUUUUGUAAUGAUUUAAUUUACAGGAAAUAAAGACUAAAAUCCCAAGGC